AUGGCUGGCCGAGCCUCCUCAGAUGACCCUUAGUAAGCAAAAUCUUUAUUUAUUUUCCUCCAUUUCUUACAGGUGUUAUACGGCUGUGGGAGAACGGACUUUCUUCUCACUUAAUCAUCCUGUACCCACUUUGCGACUUUUUGAUAUACUCCUCUUGCUAGUCCACAACAUAAUGGUCUUCCGCCCUUUUUUUAUUUCCACCCUACCCCAAUAAGCUUCAUGCCCUAAGUGCUUUCAUUUUUUCACUCCGACAUUUAUCUCCCCUUCGCUUGCUGCUAUUCGUCUCUUAUCUAAUUUUGUCAACUUCUCCAACGAUUCAUUAGUUCUAUGAGUCUAUUCCUGUCGCUUCGCUUCAACGUGUUCUGACCGUUAUCUCUCCUCGUCUAGCACGAACAAUACCUCAUCCCAGCCCCUUUCGUCCACAAGAUCCGCAGAAUCCCAAAGAAUUACUGCCUUUCGUAUCAAAAGUUACCUCGCCGAUCCAGAAACUUCUGUUCCAUUCGCAACCACGGUCAAUACUACCAGAUCCGGUGGUCAUAAACAGCUCAAUAAAGUUGCGGUCGCCGGGUACAGGAUGGGUACCUUUCUGAAAGAGUUCGAUGAGAUUUUUGAUGGUGAUGCGGCCCAGGAUAGUGGCGAUAGAAAUUAUGCUUCCAAGGAGAGAACUACCACUAGCUCUUAAAAUUCUUGCCUAGAUGGUGUGUUGGUUGAAAGUUUGGAUCUUUAAGGGAAGGUACCAGAACUAUAAGGCAGGACUUGGAUGGAGUAAGGAGAUCGCUUGAACUGAUGAUUUUAUGUAAACUUUCUGUUCUUUGACAAUUACGGUGUAUGGGAUUGAGUGGAUGGUGGCAUGCUCUAGGUGGCGUAUGUCAGGAGAAAAUAAUUUCGUUGACAAACAAUUCAAAGCUUCUC